AUGUUGAAAGAUCAUUUUGACAGUUAUCCUGUAGUAUUUAUUCAUACAGUAAAUGUUUUCUUUGCAGAUUUUAAACCACAGGUCAACUUUUACUGGAUGCGUGGAGAACGAGUUGUUCCUCGUGGACACCGAAAGGGGAGUGUUGAUCCAAUUCGGUUCCAGAUUGAUGACCAUCCACAUAGCCAGAUUAGAGUGCCCAAACAACUGCCUGAGUUUGUUCCUCUGGAUUAUAAAGUUCCUGCAGAAGUUCCAGUCAUCAAACUUGAGCCAGAUAGAUUGCCACUUUUCAAGAGACAGUACGACAAUCAUAUUUUUAUUGGCACCAAAGUGACAGAUCCAUGCGUCUAUGGCCACACACAGUUUCAUUUGAUUUCCGAUAGGAUGCACAGGGGUCGUCUGACAAAGGCUAAUCUUGAGGACCAGAUUGAAGUUCGUUUACGGGCUAAUGCCAUUUCUAGCCUUUUUGCAUGGACAGGAGCUCAAGCUAUGUAUCAAGGAUUUUGGAGUCAUGAAGAUGUCACCCGUCCUUUUGUAUCGCAGUGCGUUAUUACAGAUGGAAAGUAUUAUUCUUUCUUCUGCUACCAGCUGAACACCUUGGCUCUUUGUGUUGAGACAGACUGCAAUAAUCCUCGUAAGAACAUCUGCUGGGGGACAGAGAGUAUGCCGUUGUAUGAUACUGUGGAAGAAAAUGAUGUAAAGGGCUUCAACGAUGAUACUUUAAAGUUGCUCGUACAGUUUCUCCUUUAUAGGCCAAAAGCAUUGUGAUGUAUGCUUAAAAUAUAGCUACUUGAAUUACGUUUGCAACAAUCUUGAGUCAUUCAUCUAAACAGAAGGAGAACAUAAAGAUGACUGAACUGGCUUUGUAGUUUUGUUGCUUAAAACCUUUUAUUUGAAGGGUUUGCAGAAAGAAAUAAACACAAUGUAUUUAUAUAAAAAGAA